CUGCCCUUUGGAGACAAACCAUUUUACUUGUAGUGUCUGCAUCAAGUCUAGAAGCAAGGACUCAAAUUUAACAGAAUCCACCUUAUAAUCUCCUGCCUUUACGCAAGCCCACCUUUCGCCACACCGCGUGAGAAAAACGGAAGGGAGAAAAAAGAGACAUUUCGGAGUAAUAAGGCAGCAUUCCCUAAACAAGGGGGAAAGAACACCACAACAGGAACCAUUUGGACUUGAGAGACGGGAGGGGGGGAGUAAGUACUCUCAAGGCAGAAAAUUUGAUGAUGACCAUGACUACGAUGGCUGACGGUCUGGAGGCUCAGGACUCGUCAAAAUCGGCUUUCAUGGAGUUUGGUCAGCAGUCGCACUCGCAGCAGAGCUCUCCGUCGAUGGCCGCCAGCCACUACCCGCUCCACUGCCUCCAUUCCGGCUCCCACGCUCACCAGCACGACAACUCUCCGUAUUCGGGCUCAAACUCGUAUAACAGGUCGUUAUCAUACUCGUACAUGAGCCAUCCGCACCACAGUCCAUACCUCCCGUCCUACCAUAAUAACGCCGCCGGCACACAGACAAGAUUAGACACAGAACAGCAGAAAACAACAGUGAUUGAAAACGGAGAAAUACGUUUCAACGGCAAAGGCAAGAAGAUUCGAAAGCCGAGAACAAUUUAUUCCAGUUUGCAGCUUCAGGCGUUAAACCACAGAUUCCAGCAAACUCAGUAUCUCGCCCUGCCGGAGCGCGCGGAGCUGGCGGCUUCCCUCGGACUCACACAGACUCAGGUAAAAAUCUGGUUCCAGAAUAAAAGGUCGAAGUUUAAGAAGUUGCUGAAGCAAGGCAGUAAUCCCCACGAGAGUGACCCGCUGCCGGGCUCCAUCGCUCUGUCCCCGCGCUCUCCCGCAAUUCCUCCCAUAUGGGACGUGUCCGCGUCUUCCAAGGGAGUGAACAUGUCUGCCAAUAGCUACAUGCCCGGCUACUCACACUGGUACUCCUCACCUCAUCAGGACUCUAUGCAGAGAUAGGCUGCUAAUCAAUGGCGGUAUAGGCCCGAGGCCUCCUCGCUGACUCUCGUUUAGUUUCUCCCCGCGCUGUGAUAACAAGAAUGACCCACAUUGCCAUCUGUAAACACAAACUGAGGACAUUUUUCCUGUGGGAAGUUUCAUGUGAAGGAUAAACAACGAUCUCCUGCGUGGCGGACAGUGGAUCUAAACUGUUGCAACUCAAAUGGGAUUGCUUCCACAAUCCCUGCUAUAUCUAUUGACUUAUAAACCAAACACAUAGCUCCAUCACCAGCAUGGGACAAAAGCGGAAGCGGAAAGAACACUGACGCCUUUUCAAAUAACCCAUGUGUCACAUUUGAAAAAAACAAAAACAACAAAAAAAAAAAUUGCGGUCUUUGCGUUAUGAUUACAUGAUUUUCAUCAAGCAAAAAAAGCAAUUUGUUUGUAAAUAUGUUGUCUAAUUUUAGUUGUAAAAUACUUUUUAUGUUUUGUCAUAAAUCCAGUAAAAAACAUGGCUUCAAACAAUGCGUCAUGCCCUGGAUUUGUUCUUUUUCCCCCCAACAUCACUGACAAUCGAAUGCUUUUUAUUCACAUUUGAUUUUUGUUAUUAAAUAGAUUACAUUGUUGAA